AUGAUUUAUUUCCUAUUUUUUACAAACUCAACUGUCAUACCCACCACAGCUGCUGUCACUACACACAAUCUACCACCAUUAAUACAUCCAUCUUCCACUCCUUUAACUAUUGCUGCUGCUAACAAUAAUAUAAAAUCAACUGAUCAAUCAACUGCAUCUGCCAGAUUUAGUGUUAAAAAGAAAUUACUUGAACAGAUUGAAAAAGAUGCUAGGUUGUUGGAUGUUAAACCUGCUGAUAAAAAACAAAAUUAG